CUGCAACGGCCACUGCCAAAAAAAGACAUCGAGAUCUACAACUGGAUCAACCUCGCCACUUGGAUUUCCCCAUAGGACCUGCAUUACUCUUCCCGUUGACAGGCGUCUCCAUUCCCUUCAUGGAUCCUUAAGGCGACUUCUUAUUGUUCCGUGUUCUAUAUAAAUGCUGGUUUUGGAUGUUUAAACCCGUCUCCACUGGAUUCUAAAGGACCAUUCUCAACCCGGAUCACCGACGUUCUAUCCCUUACUUCCUUUGACCAAUCUCUCUCUCUCUCUCUCUUCCAUCCGGACGGAGAGAGUUCCCUCGUUCAGGUCUCCUUGGAUCCACUUGAUUAUCUUUUAUCACCCUUAUCUUUUCCCUUGACUCCCGCUGCCCUUCAUGCUUGCUCCAUCUCCUCCAUUGAGCAUGUACCCUCCAAUGCUCCCCACCCCUCCGCCCUCUCCGCCUAUCACCCGCUGUUAUGCGCCGGAAGACCGUUUGGGACUGCUCUUGGCCAACCGGCUGGAGCUGAUUGGAAUCAUUGGAGUAGGUGCUUAUGGUGUCGUCUACACAGCCAUUGACAUCCAUACCAAUGUGAUGUAUGCGGUCAAGGCCCUCAACAAAGCUGGACUGGAUCCCCGCCAGCUCAAGUUUCAGCAGCGCGAGAUUAAGUUGCACCACAUGGCCAGUCAACACCCCAAUGUGGUUUCCUUGGUCCGCAUAAUGGAUUCCAUCGACUGCACCUAUGUAGUCAUUGAGUUCUGCCCCGAAGGUGACCUGUUCUCCAGUAUCACGGAGAAAGGCAACUUUGUGCACAAUGACCACUUGGUCAGACGGGUGUUCCUGCAAAUUCUGGAUGCCGUUCAAUAUUGCCAUAACAUUGGAAUCUACCACCGGGAUCUUAAGCCGGAAAACAUCCUGGUCACCGACCAGGGUUUGACCGUCAAGCUAGCUGACUUCGGCCUUGCUACCACGGAUGCCUGUACGUCGGAUUUCGGUUGCGGGUCGACUUUCUACAUGUCACCAGAAUGCCAGCAAUCAAAUCCCCGCCCAAUGUCAUGGUAUGAAUCUGCUCCCAAUGAUGUCUGGAGCCUGGGCGUAAUCUUGGUCAACCUGACCUGUGGCCGCAACCCCUGGAAGCGGGCCUCUGCGGAAGAUUCCACAUUCCGGGCCUACCUGAAGGAUCCAUACUUCCUCAAGUCCAUUCUUCCUUUGACCGAUGACAUGAUCUGUAUCUUGAGCCGCAUCUUCGAGUGCGACCCAAGCAAGAGGAUCACCAUUCCGGAAUUGCGCACCAUGAUCCUGGAAUGCCCGCAGUUUACCAUUCCUCCCUGGGGUUCCAUCAACGGGCCAAUGCCGGUCGACUUUGUCAAUAACCCACAGGUCCCUGUGCACCACAUCCCUUCGGAUGUCUAUGAUUCACAGUCCUCCGUCUCUUCUGGCUCCUCUCAUUAUUCUGACUCGUUGCAGUCGGCGGUGUCGGAUGCGUCCUCGUUCACGGAAGGCUACCCCGACGUAGACAGUGUCUCGUCGAUGUCUUCCGUGGGACUGGACUGCGAGGCCGCUUGCAAGAACACCUUCACGCCUACGGACUCGAUGACAUGCAGUGACUUCGUUGAGCCGCUGCUGAUGCCUUUCCCUCAACCUAUCCCAGUCCCUGCCUACUAAGCAGCGGGGCCCUCAAAACUAUUUAACGCAGGUUUAUGACUUAACGGCAAUACUUUUCGAUUUCCCCAGGGAUACACCUGAUCAUUCCUUGGACUAUUUCUGGGUUACAUCCCCUUGCAUUUCUUAAAGCGACAAGUGUAUUAUUUCACGGCACAGAAAGCCUUGGAGAGCAGGUUUUUUG